AUGGGCGGCAACCAACUUGCCGACCCGCGCGAGAAGAUUCUCGGCCGUAUGCUGAAGCUUCUCGAUGAAGCAGCCUCAAAGGGCGCAAAGCUGGUCGCAUUCCCGGAGCUGGCCUUCACAACCUUCUUCCCGCGCUGGCAGAUCGACGACCCGGUCGAGAAGGCCAAGUUCUUCGAGCCCGAGUCUGUAGACGACCCGCAGGCGAUCCUCAAGUCACCAAACGCUAAGCCGCUAUUUGACCGCGCGAAGGAGCUGGGCACAGAUAUCUACGUUGGGUAUGCCGAGCGAUGGACGGACGAGGCGGGCAAGUCGACGGAUUACAACACCUGCGUGUACUACUCGGCGAGCGAGGACAGAAUUAUAUCAAAGUAUCGCAAGAUUCACCUCCCGGGCACGGUCGAGCCUAUUCCCGACAAGGGCACUGGCGUCGAGCAGCAGCUGGAGAAGCGCUACUUCACUCCGGGCAAUCUGGGAUUCCAAGCCUUCCGUGUACCGGGGCUGGUCGAUAGCGCCGUGAAGGCCGAGUCAGCGGACGGCAAGGACCCCAAAAGCCUGGUGGGUAAGGGCGACCCGAUCAUGGGGAUGAUGAUCUGCAAUGACCGGCGGUGGGCAGAGGCGUGGCGCAACUACGGCCUGCAGGGCGUCGAGCUCGUCAUCGAGGGCUACAACACGACGCUAUGGGCGCCGCAGUAUCAGGGCACGCACGAGGAGCAGGAGAAGGAGUCGCUGUUCCACCACUGGAUCUCGUGCCAGAGCGGCAGCUAUACGAAUGCCUGUUACAGCAUCAAUGUGGCCAAGUGCGGCAAUGAGGACGGCGGGCUGCUGAUUGCGGGAUCGGUCAUUUAUGAUCCGAACGGUCAUGCUAUUGCUGAGUCGAAGACACAGGGCGAUGAGGUGCUGGUUGCGACGAUUGAUCUGGCCAAGUGCAGGAAUGGCAAGGAUCGCAUUUUCGAUUUCGAGAGGCAUCGUCGGGUAGAGCACUACAAGCGUCUUGUCGAGCAGACUGGUGUGGUAGAGCCGCCGCUGUUGAGCACGAAAUCAAACGCGAAGACUGUCCAACCGGCAGUGGUGUAA